CCGGUGCCGGCGCUGCCCGUGGGCCGGUCCCCGUGCAGCCGCCAGCGCGCGCCCCGCCCGCCACGUGACCUUCCGCUACCGCGUGGGGUGGGAGGGCGCCCGCCUGACCGGGGUCUCGCUUCCCGUGAGCAGUGCCGCGGCUGCUGCUGGGCAGAGCCAGAGGGAUGGUGGUAGUCACAGGGCAGAGCAAAGGGAGCGGAGACCCGGAUGAGGCCAUGUCGAGCUCGGAUGCAGAGGAUGACUUCCAAGAGCCAGCCACUCCCACGGCCACCCAGGCGGGCCAGGCGCUGCCGCUGCUGCCCCAGCAGUUCCCAGAAGUCAUUCCACUGAAUGUAGGAGGCAUGUAUUUCACUACAAGGCUGUCAACGCUGAGGCGUUACGAGGACACGAUGUUGGCGGCGAUGUUCAGCGGAAGGCAUUACAUCCCCACGGACGCCGAAGGCAGAUACUUCAUUGACAGAGAUGGAACUUACUUUGGAGACAUCCUUAACUUUCUGCGGUCUGGUGACCUGCCGCCCAGAGAGCGAGUGAGGUCAGUUUACAAGGAAGCUCAGUAUUAUUCCAUAGGACCAUUGCUAGACCAUCUAGAGGAUGUCCAACCUCUGAAAGGAGAGAAAGUGAGGCAAGCUUUCCUGGGCCUAAUGCCAUACUACAAAGAUCAUUUGGAGCGGAUAAUUGAAAUAGCAAAGCUUAGAGCUGUGCAAAGAAAAGCAAGAUUUGCAAAACUGAAAGUCUGUGUCUUCAAAGAGGAGAUGCCCAUCACUCCUUAUGAAUGCCCACAUUUCAAUUCUUUACGUUUUGAAAGAAGUGAAAGUGAGGCAAAGCUGUUUGAACAUCACUGUGAAGUGGAUGUAUCUUUUGGACCUUGGGAGGCUGUGGCUGAUGUGUAUGACCUUCUGCAUUGUAUUGUGACAGACCUGUCUGAUAGAGGGAUAACUGUGGAUCAUCAGUGUAUUGGUGUGUGUGAUAAACACCUGAUAAAUCACUAUUACUGCAAGCGUCCUAUCUAUGAGUUCAAGAUCACUUGGUGGUGAGUUGUUUUGUCCAGAAUGGUGCAGGAGAUGAAAGGACUUCUAGAUGACAAUUGCUUUUAAUAUUUUUGCAACAUGUCUCUGGAAAUGCAUUGCUGCUAACAUAUAUUGGAAUCAGUCUGCUGAAAUGUUGGCUAGUGCUUAGCUGUUCAGCAAAGAGGGACCUGUCACAGAGGUUGAAAAACCUCUGCAAUAUUAAAAAAACCAACCAAACAGCCUGAAACAAGACUGUUGGCUCAGGUACCUUAAUGAGGCACAAAACAAAAUCACCUCAUGGAAAUUAUGGAGAGGAGUGUCUGACAUUUAUUUUUUAAUGUGCCACCUACUGUGUGGCUGCAGUCCCAUUGUCUGCAAAGUGGGUGUAAUGGAUCUCAGGUGCUAGUAAGUAAUGCUGAUAGAACGUGGUUCCAUUUUACACACUUCAGAGUGUUCUAGUCACUAUGUAGGCCUGCCACUUCAUGGAUUGAGUAACACCCCGCACAGAGAUCCUGCAAGUGUAAUUUUGGUGUAAUAGACAAUUAAAAAAAAAUAGAGGAGUAUUGUUGUGAAGAUUAAGCUAUAUACAUAUUUUAAAAAUUAAGAAUCUGCAUUGUAUAAUAUUUAGUUGUUUCCGUUGUUAUAAAAAGGAACAGCAGGUUUGGAGAAUAUUCCUUAUUGCUUUUUGGAAUAAUUACCAUUCAUGAAAGACUUGUGCCUGUUUUUAGCCUUAGAAAUUCUAAAUGUUUACAGCAUCUACAAAAAGAAACUAUAGAAUCAGGUCAUUUGCAGAGGCUUUUGGUGAACGAGUAACUCCAUGUGUACGUUCCUAUUAGCAGAAGUAUUAAGAAUAUUUAAUGUGUAUUAUUUUAUUACUGAUUCUUUUUACAGUCUGUGCUAUUAAACUUUGUUCUAGAGCUAGUCAAAUGAUGAUAUGAGACAAGUGCUUCCUUCUCCUCACCUCUUCAGUUAAAUCUAACUUACAGCGUUCUUGCUGACACUUCUCUGUGUGAUAUCAGCACCUUUUUUUCUUCCUUCAUAUUCUGAUAUUUCUCCACUUACCCACUAGUGUAUCUGGGAAGUACAUUUAUUUCCAUGCUGAAAGAGGCAGCUUUUGCAGAGCCAUGUUCUUUCCAGAAGGUAAUUUUUGCACUUCUGACAUUGAUAACCAUCUGCUGAAGCUCCAUUUCUGUCUGUCCAAAGCUGAAAGAUAGAUGGAGCUGUCUGAAGAUGCUGUGAGCUUCAGAAAAUGCAACUAUUGUUCAGAAAGACCCCACCUGAGGCAGCCUCACAGUAAUCUUGAGGGGAGCUGGAAAGUACAUGUCUGCAUAUUGAAUUCCAUUGGACUCGUUAAUCCAAGAUUCUUGCUUAAUUAAACUUCUGACCAAAAUACUUUAGACACAUAUUAAUUAUGAUAAUAAAAAUGAUCAUUUACCUGAGAUAAUUCUUAGAAUAAUGAUUAAAAACUUGACGUAAAAUUGUCUCAAAAAUAUUUUGAGGAGGCUGAUUGUUUGCAUUGAUUAAUGUUCACACUUCUAUGUGUUUAAUUUAGGAAUUUUUAUUAAAUGGUCUCUCAGAGUCGGGGACAUAAAGUUUUUAAGAGCUCUUUACAAGUGCUUAUGUGGAGUUCAUUGCUGUCAGGUGCUGACUUUCAGGUCCAGAGUUGAAAUUGUAAAGCACAGUGUUGGGAGGAGGGAGGUGAAUGUCACUUAGGUGUAUUUGAAUCUAUCAGUUCAAAUUUCUUUGGAUUUAAUUGUUCCUUGAGUAUUAUUGUGUUACAAGUUCCUGUGCCUCUAUUUGACUACCUACAAUUACAAGUCAAACAAACUUUCCCUAAACUGAGAGGAAGCUUGCAUGAUAUCUUUUCUGCUGCCUUCUCUCCCCCAAGAAUCUUAAAUUGCAACCACGGUUUGGAAUAAAAUGAUGUAAAACCUUAAAGCUGAGGCUUAGAAAGUUUUGGCUGCCUGUAAACUUCUGAGUUUAUUAGGGUAUGCAAUGAGAAUCCCAGUUGUACUGGAAUAUUCUCUUGUUAUUUUUCUGCUGCUUCCCAUAUCACACAGGACGUAACUCUGGUUUGAAUUUCAGCACCACUUACUGACAUGAAGCA